AGGAAACUGAAGACCUGCUCUGUUGGAGCGCGACUUCGGCUUGCGCUUAGCCUUGUCAGAACCUUUGCCUCGGGACGACAUCACUUGAUGCGAUACAAAAUACCAGCGACAACUUAUUAUAUAGACGUUUCAGCUCAAAUUUACUUUCAUUCGUAACAUGGCUCCUAAAGCUUCUUCAAAGAAGCCUCCCAAGUCGAAAGCAGAGAAGAUCGCUACUCCGACUCCAAGUGCCGUUCCAGUUGAGAAGAAAAAGAGCAAAGUAAAAAGGAAGAGAGAGAGCUUUGGUUUUUUCAUCCAUAAGGUGCUGAAGCAAGUUCAUCCUGAUACAGGAAUAUCCUCGAAAUCGAUGAUCAUCAUGAACAGCUUCGUUAACGAUAUCUUCGAGCGCAUCGCUACUGAAGCUUCUCGUCUGAUUUCAUGCAACAACAAGUCUACCAUCACGUCUCGGGAAAUUCAAACCGCUGUUCGUCUGCUACUUCCUGGCGAAAUCGCUAAACAUGCUGUGAGCGAGGGUACCAAAGCAGUAACUAAAUACACCAGCUCUAAGUAGAUUACAUUCCAUUGAAAACAAUCGGCCCUUUUUAGGGCCACCAAAUCUUAUGAACGUAUGAACGAAUAUUCAAUCUUCGUCCGCAGCCUUACAAUAGUAAUUCUUCAGUUUCUGAAUAAAUUUUAUUAAUUUUA